UAGAGGGGGACACUGGCAGACAAAUGUUUGAUGGUGAACAGCACUGACUAGGCUGAUAAUGACUGUAUCUAGUGUGUUUUGAUGGUGAUUUCUGUGACUUAGAAAUUAGAAACAUUGCUAGGACAUUUGAGAUGAGAUGAAGAACAGGUGUUCUUUUAUCAGACAAGGCUCUGGACAUUUUAAUAAAACUAAUGCUUGGUAAAAUUAACCCAUGGAAACAGAAGAUUUUGUAUUGUUAGGGAUCAUAAAAAUACAUCAAGUGAAAACUUUACAAUAGUAACUGAUCUCACCAUCUCAGUAAGGUGACACUAAAAGGUGUGAAACAAGGAAUUAGUAGUCAGCUGACCAGUGUUCGUCAGAGUACAGUGGAGCUCACUGUAUCAGACACUAAAGAUCUAGAGAUUCCACAAGAGAGGGAAAUACAGCUGGCUAUCCAGGACUCCAGAACAGGAGAUGGACGAUCAAAUCUCUGAAUUGACUUCCUGUGUUCCUAAGACCUGGACAUUGUACAAAGUAUGGGGCAUCAAUGCUUGGAACAAAUGGGCCAAAGUGGCAAACCAAGGGAGAGAACUUGGAGAGCCCCCUAUCCCUCAUGCCAACAGCCUGGAGCUCGUAUCUCCAAAGGAGCUGGACCAUUAUCUGAAAGAUUUUGUUAAUAAAAUGAGACGUGCAGAUGGUAUUGUGUUUAAGAAAGCAUCAGCCCAAAACAUCUUCCGAGGACUUGCUGCUCAUUUGGUUGAAUAUCUAAAAUGUCCACAUUUGAACUUUAUGGAUCACAAUGACAACAACUUUAUAGAAUUUCGAAAGGCAGCUUACGGAACUACAAAGAUUUUACGAGGAAGAAAACAGAUCCAAGAUCCUUCUGAUGAAAUUGAUCAGGGGAAUCGCCUAUGGGACAAACAUUUUGAUAGCUUAGAUACUCCAGAAGGACUCUUACAAGCAGUAUAUGCAUUCAAUACGUUUGUGUUUGGUGUAGAGUCGAUAAAGUCACAUAGCUCGCUAGUGGCUAAUCAGUACUGCCUGGGGUCAGACAAAGAGGGAAAGUUCAUCAAAUUCAAUGGAAAUCUGAAGGAGACUAGAAUGUCUGAAGAAGCAAAUUCCAUUUUCUCUGUUGAGGAGAGGAAGCUCUAUGAUACCGGUGAAUGUGAUUCUGUAUACAACAUAUACAAAAAAUACUUGAAUAGUAUACAGGCCAAUGGAAAGUUCUAUAUUUUACCUAGUGCUACCAAAUGUAAUGCUGGUAAAGAAAGGAAAAUGAAGGGAUUUUCAUCUAUAGCUAUGAAUUCCAGCCAGAUUCAAGACUUGCAGAAACAUAUGGUUUCUUCACGAUCUUAUAGAAAACUACAUCUCCUUAAAGACUUUGACACUGAAAGGCAGCGAUUUAACAUCCACCCAUCAUAUCUUUCCAAACUGACAGGUUCAGAAGACAUUUCACUGGCACUCGACAAAAUGCUAUCACCAUACAGAAUGGAAAACUGUGCAGAAGGCUUAUUAAGUGAGGAAAAUGAAAAUUUCAUUUUAAAGACAAUGUGUAAUGCUACACAAAAUGCUGACACUACACAGAUUUCUGCAUCAAAUGAAGUACAACAGGAAUUGAGGGCAAAUCCUACAACAGCUUCAUUCCGUUCUUUAGGAAUAGAACCAAAUUUGCUUCCAACCAUACCAAACAUGAUUAGAGGAAAACCAAACAUGAUGACACAUACACCACAUUCGAUGACAGGUACACCAAGCAUUAUGACACAUACACCACACUCGAUGACAUGUACAACAAAAAUGAUGACACAAACACCACAUUCUAAGACAGAUACACCAAACAUGAUUGCAUGUACACCACACUCGAUGACAUGUACACCAAACAUGAUGACACAUACACCACAUUCGAUGACAGGUACACCAAACAUUAUGACACAUACACCACACUCCAUGACAUGUACACCAAACAUAAUCACACAUACACCACACUCCAUGACAUGUACACCAAACAUAAUCACACAUACAUCAAACUUGAAAGCAAAUACAACAACACAAAACAUGAUGACACAUACACCAAACAUGAUGACACAUUCACCAAACAUGAUGACACAUUCACCAAACAUGAUGACAGGUAUCAGUUUAGAAAGAGGAACACAGAAUCAUCGCUGUAACCCUUCCAUGCAUCUACUGAACAUACAAACAUCAGCAGAAACUUCAUGGUUUGAAAACAGAGUGCCAUUAGAGGAACAAACUUCACAUCCGACAACAAAUGUUGACAAACCACAGGACCCAGUUGAAGACAACAGGUCAUCUAUUUGUCACACAGAAAAUUAUUUAGAACGUUGUGAUGAUACUGAAUCAUGUCAACAAUUCCAACAACACAGAAGAGCCAUUACUACUGGAUGCUACAAGAAUAUUGCUGGUGUGUUGCCUAGUCAGUCUGGAAUGGAAUACCUGUACCCAAAUACAAAUGACAUUGCUUCAAAGUAUACAGACACCCCUCACCUGAGGUCACAAGCCCCACAAUGUCAUUUAAAAGGUGGAAUAGGCACCAGUAUGAGUGGAACUGUUCAAACAUUUCAUACAGCUCCAUUUUCAGAAAAUUUUCCACAAACAUCAAUACAAUAUUUGAAUACUACAGCACACCAACCUCAGUCAUUACAAAUGGAUAACACUUCUAGUGUACAUCCAAAACGUCAGUCUCUUUCAAAUGCCAGUGACAUUUACCGAUCCCCACCUACAAUGUCCCAUCAACUGUUCAAACAUAACAGGACAACGACUCCACGUCCUACUAACCAGUUUCGCCACUUGGUAUCGCUAUUAUCAAGGGCACCUGUGUCCAAUCAUUGUCCACCUUUGAACUAUGAGAGCCUGUCUGUUUCACACGAGACAUUUUCACCAGUAUCAGGAAUGACACCGGAUGAAUUACACAACCAAAACCUCAAAAGACAAAAGCUAUAUGGAAGGGGACAGCAGACGUCACCAUCAUCAAUCUUACUUCAGCAGCAGAUGUCGCCAUCAUCGAUCUUACUUCAGCAGCAGAUGUCGCCAUCAUCGAUCUUAAUUCAGCAGCAAAUGUCGCCAUCAUCAACCUUACUUCAGCAACAGCAGCAAAUGUCACCAUCAUCCGUUUUACUUAAGCAAAAGGAAUUGUCAGCUAGAGACAACCUGAAUGACCAUUUGUACCAGGGAUUGCAGAAAACACACAAUUCUGAACAAAACAAUCUGGAAAUUCCAACUAUGGAAAAAUCUGUUCGGAAAAGACGUGCUUCAGCAUGCAUCAUUGAGACACAAAACAGCAUAAAAAGAAGUAAGGGAGGGAUACCAAAUAGCAUGGAAGAAGGAAUCCAUGGACAGAAUGACAAAAGAACUACAGCUUCUGCACAAACAAUGUCUGUACCGCUGACAGGGUAUACACCCUUGUCUGAAACUUUACAAGACAUAGUCUCAUCUCAGUUUCCAGGGAUGACUGAUCAAAAUGAAAAUAGUGUUGUUGACAAUGGUACAACCAAUCAUGAGGAAAUAAAUCCAGGUGCAAAGACCAAGCAAAACCAGGCAAAACUUGAGGAAACCAUUACUGAUAAACGGGGACAAGAUAUGGAAUUUAAACAGACCAAUCUCUCUACCAAAAACAGAAAUUCUGCCAGUAACAGCCUUGACCAAAACAUCAAAGAACUGCUGGACUUUGACCCGUUGCUACGCAAAUCCUUUCAUAAGAAGUGUACAGACUGGUUUAUACGACACAAGAGCAGGUUCGAGAUGAACAAAUUACUGACAUCAGAAUCCAAAGGUAGCAACACGUUUUCAGAUUCAACCAAAGAUGAUGAAACAUCAGAAAAUUCAUCCGAUGAAAAUCAACAGGAAAAUCUAAACCAAAGCGUUGAUGAAGUAGUAGGGAAUACAACAACAGGCAAUAUGAUAGAAUCAAAGGCAGGACGUAAAACAAUGACAGAAAUGGACAUCAACUCUAUGUAUGAUAGUCUUACAUCUGACAAUCCAAAUCAGAUAGGUCUGAAAGUGAAAACUGGUAGUGCCAUGGUAGAUGUUCGUCCAGAACAGAACACUACAGACAGCCAGGAAAUAAAAUCAGAGGAUGGUUCUCAAGUUAUUUGUGUAGCUGACGAUGUGAAAUGUAUGUCUGCAUUGUAUGUGGAUUAGAACCACCUGUAUUUUUUCCUUCUAACCAAGUAAUGCAGCCACACAACUUUUCAGUUAUCAAAGAAGUACGGUCCCGUGUACUCAUAAUCCUAGGAUAAAUAGCUGCUAUCAACUUGCAAAAUAAAUACGGAAAAAAGCAUGAUUUUAAACCACAUUAAAAUGCCUUCAGUUAUCGGGUAAAAAAUCAAAUCAAAAUGACUGAUAUCACCAUCAAAACUUAUAAUAUUGUUUACUAGUGCUGAAUAUAUUAAA